AUGGGAGUGGAGGAUUCUACUUCAGAUAGGAAGGUUAAGGAAGGUCUUUUCGAUGAGGUGCCUCAGAGCAGAGAUCUGAGUGAAGCAAGGAAGUACGCCGUGACACCUGGAGGAAGAAUGAGGAAGGAGUGUACCUGGGGAGGGGCUAGGAGUCCCCCUGUCCCCUCCAUCGGCCCCCUCAGCGUCGCGGCUCUCACGCGCCGCGGGAUUCGGCGCCGCCUCCAUCAGAGCCGAGCCGGUGGCUCCGCGGAGCAGCAGCCUCUGCCGCCGCUGCCGCUGGGCCCUCCGUGUCUCCUCCCCGUCCCGCCCCUCAGCCCCAGGCGCCCCAGUCCCCUCUCCCCACCCUCCUCCCUCCCUCCCUGCCUCCUUCCCUCCUCUUUCCUCUCGCCCCUCCGCUCCCCCUUCGCCGGCAGCCCGAGCCCGGCCCGCCACCCGGGCUGGCAGGUGGGCAGCGGCGGCACCAUGAGCUUUGAGGGCGGCCACAGCGGCAGUCGGCGCCACGGGGCAGAGAGCCGGGACGCCGAGCCGCCCCCUUCGCCUCCCCCGCAGCCGCCGCCGCCGCCGCCGCCGGGAGAGCCGGCCUCGGUCCCCGCGGCCCCGCGCUACCUGCCGCCGCUGCCCGCGCCGCCCGCGUCCCCCGAGCGCCCUGCGGGGCCCGACGAGCCGCCAGCCGAGGUGGUCCCGCGGCACAGGGGCGCGGAGGAGCUGCCGCAGCCACCGCCGCUGCCCCUGCCGCCGGCGGGGCAGGAGGUGUCGGCGGCUGGCGACUUCGGGGAAGGUCCGAGGCGCCUUCCGGAGGCGGCUGUCCCUGAGGCGGCAGCUGGGAAGGGCGACCCGGGGGAAGCUGAGGCCGGCGCGGGCGGGGAGGGCGAGCGGAGGGGCGCCAGCGACCAGCCCGAGACGCGCUCGGUAUGUAGCAGCCGCAGCAGCAGCAGCGGCGGUGGAGAUCAGCGCGCCGGGCACCAGCACCAGCACCACCAGCCCAUCUGCAAGAUCUGCUUCCAGGGCGCCGAGCAGGGGGAGCUGUUAAACCCCUGCCGAUGCGAUGGGUCAGUUCGGUAUACACAUCAGCUGUGCUUGCUAAAGUGGAUUAGUGAGAGAGGUUCUUGGACCUGUGAACUCUGCUGUUACAGAUACCAUGUCAUAGCCAUUAAAAUGAAACAACCUUGCCAGGUCUCAUUGUCCAUGAAGGAGCUGCAGUUUACAGAGUGUUUAAGCGUUGGCGAGCUGUUAACUUACACUGGGAUGUAUUAAAUUACGACAAAGCCACAGACAUCGAAGAAAGCAGCCGCGGAGAGUCUUCCACAAGCAGGACUUUAUGGUUGCCACUGACGGCUCUACGGAACAGGAACUUGGUCCACCCCACACAAUUAACCUCC